AUGGGUACUUUGUUACCACCAUUUCAUUCAAGUAUUUCCACUUCCUUACCUCAAUCAACAACUUCACCUACCUUUCAAAACAUUCUCAAUCAACCAAUCGCAUCUUUGUUUCCUUCGCAAUCCACUGAAGGACCAAAAUCCAUUCCUGAUACUACAACAGAGGAUGAUGACCUUUCAGUUGAUGCGGGAAGUCGAAACAACGUCACUAGAAUUGAGGUUGAUGUGAUGCUCAAGGCUCAAGAACUUCGACUGAAAGCAAUGAUGGAUCAAAUGAACAAAAGCAACGAACUUCAGGCAGAAGUGGAGGAGAUGAUUUUGAAACCUGGUAUUCCUCCUUCUUUAAUAGUUUCUCAAGAUUCUAUCUCACAAAUGAUUUCUUCGUCUGAAACUUGUUUGAAGGAUGUUUUUGAUCCUCUCUUGAAUUUUAUAAAUUUGAUGCCCACAUCUGCCUUACUUGUUUCCACAGGGGUGCAAGGGGGAGAAAAGGGAGUUGGUGCAUCAAAGAUAUGA